AUGUAUAUGUAUGGAAUUAUCCCUAGCUCGAAUGCUGAGCGAUCUAGUAUCAUUCCGAGCUUAGAAAGCAAAUGGAAUUCAAUAUUGAAGCUGCACGCAUCACCAGUUUGCCUGAUGAUGCAUUCUACAUAUCAGACUUCAUUACAGAGGAUGAGGAGGAUUAGGUUACUCCGGAAGACGCUGCAUGUCACUUAUCCAUGUUCAGAUCUCACUCACUGCAACAAUCCACAGGUAAAAUCAGCGCCGCUGCCACGCUGGACCCAGCUCUCACACCGCAGGCUUCAAACAUGGCCAUCAGCCCUGACAAAGAGUAAUGUCCUUCUCACAUCGCCCCUACCAGCUUGGCUUAGAUCGCCAAUCAUCGAGCCACGGUUUGAGGCAUUGCGUAUCUUCAACGGUGUACCACACAAGGCCCCAAACCAUGUCCUAGUGAACGAGUACCAGCCUGGACAAGGGAUCAUGCCACACGAAGAUGGAGCAGCCUACCGUCCCCUUGUUGCGACAGUGAGCCUAGGAGCAUCGAUAGUGCUCGAUUUGUAUCACAAACACACCAAAGACGACAGGGAAGCAAGCGGUACACUGGCCAAAGGCGGAAGAGACGUUGCCGGGAUACCCGACACAAAUCGAAAACCUCAAUACAGAAUCUUGCAGGAGAGACGAAGUCUGCUGAUCUUGAGGGGUAAGAUGUACACAGAUCUUCUGCAUGGAAUCAAGGAAACGAUGAGGGAUGAGGAUCUGGGCCCCCACUCGAUCUGCAACUGGGAGCUCUUGCGGGAGAGGGAACCGUACCAGUGCGGGUGGUACGAGCGGAAGAUGAGAACUAGUCUUACGUACAGGGACGUGCUUCAGGUUGUGAAGAUGGGGAAUACCUUGAAGAUUUCAGGUGGGGAGUAA